CAGGAGACAUUUUCCCCAGGCUUGUUCACCGGCGUGAGACUUUACACUGCGUUCAGCAAUGAGACCUUAAACACACUCUGUUUUUUUUAUUUUAUUUUAUGAACACCCACUCAUACACAUUCACACACUCACACACACACACUCACCAAGAUGAAGAAAGGUGGUCUUCACUUCCUGAGCAGAAAAAAUCAGUCCCUGUUCGACACCAACGUCCAGAUGAAAGACGUCGACAAUGUGGAGUUUGUGUAUGACGGAGUGGCCUUCCCAGACUCAGGCACAGCAAAAGUCCGCGCAAGACCCACCAUCAAACACUUCAGCACUUUUGGAGAGGGAGCUGGAUUUGCAGUCCCGACUCCAACCGUUCCUGUUAUAUCUUCUUUCACCGCGCCCCAGAUCAGCCACACAGGUAAGACUGCAAGCUUGUCAAAUGGAAGUGCCAUCUCAAUGGAUGACCCUGAGGAAGAACAGAUUCCGAUCCCUCCUCCUCCUUCCACUGCACCUCCACCUCCACCUCCCCAGUUCAUCCCCCCACCACCUGGACAUGCUCCGCCUCCAUCACCAUUUUCAGGGGAAACGUAUUCACCAGUGGUCCUAUCCAGCCUGGAGCCCCCCUCAAUGCCUCCUCCCAAGCCACCUUCAGUAGGAAUGCCAGAUGAUGUAGACCUGUCUGUGUUAAGGCCUCCACCUAUGGCUCCCCCAAAACCCCCAGGUUAUCAAAUCUCUACAAGCUCACCUGAGGACAUCCCAGAGUGCCCCAAAUUUACCCCUCCACUGCCCCCAAUAGAGAAACCCCAGUCACCCAUAACAAAAGUCCAGAAGAUGCCUCCUCCCAAGCCCAUCAGGUAUUCAUCCAUGUCCAACUUGCUUCUUUCUGGUCAAUCUGAUUCACACGAUGGCAUGCUCCUGGAGAACUCUUCCAAAAACCUAAAAACUGUAAAGGAAAUGAGCACAUCUCAAAUCCUAGUGCCCCCAGUCAAGCCAAUGCGCCGCAACAGUUCAGGCAUCAAGCUGGAAGAAGAUAUACAGGACUUCAAGAAGAACGUGCAGGUAGCCCUACCCAAGCAACCAGUCUCCAACAGCAUGGCUGCAACUGUACAGACACCAUCAGCUGCUCCAGAUGAAAUCUCAACUCUAAUGAAAGGUUCUCCCACAGCAGAAAGGUCAUCAGCAAUGCUAUCAGCUCAAGAUGUACUUCACGCAACACCUGUAAACCCAAUGACAAAAUAUAGCCCCUUACUAAACAGCAAGCUGCAGAGCCUGAAAACCAGUGAACCUCCCAGUGGAAAGGAGGUGACUGCUUCUCCAUUUGCCCUGCUGAUGGCAGCUAAAGAACGAGACAAACAGAGGGCAGCCAUUUCCAGACAAAACAGCACCAGCUCCACAGAUUCGACCAGUGGGAGCAUCCAUCUAAGUGACACCAGACCCAAUUCCUUCACUGUUACCCCAAGAACGCCACUGUCAGGAAGUGCCAGUCUCUCCAUGGAAUCCAAACACAACACUGAGAAUCCAAAGGUUACUUAUGCCAAACUUGCUGAAACCUCCAGCAGCAUCCAAAAUAAAAACCCUAAAAGUACUGCAUCCCCAACAUCUCCAUCUGGCCAUCACAAUGGCUUUGACACCACCUCCUUUAUCCCUCCUCCACCGGAGUUUGCUAACUCUGAUCCAGAAGAUGAAGGUCCACCUAGCAUGCUUCCUCCUGACCCGCCUACCAAAAGAACAGAUGCCGCUUCAUCUCUAAACUCCAUCCACAUUACAAAUGGCUCUACUAAUUCCACAAGUAUUACAUCACCCAGCACCACCCCAACAAUUACUGCUAAUCCUAUCAGUCAGUCCAAACCAAAACCCCAAGCCACACCCACAUCUCAAGCUAAGGUUCAGCACCAAGUCCCACCCCCAACUCCACCCAAAGUUCAGGUCCAACCCCUACCCCCAACACAACCCAAAAUUCAGCCCCAAGCCCCACCACCAUCUCUACUUAAGACACAGACUCAAACCCCACCCCCAACUCAACCCAAAUUUCAGCCCCAAGCCCCGCCCCCAUCGCCACCCAAACUUCAGCCCCAAGCUCCACCCCCUACUCAACCCAAAAUUCAGUAUCAAGCCCCUCCCCCAACUCAACCUAAAUUUCAGCCCCAAGCUCCACCACUACCUCAACUUAAGAGUCAGGCUCAAGCUCCACCCCUAACUCUACCCAAAGCCCAGCCCCAAGCCCCACCAUCUGUGGCUGCCAGUCAGGCCACGCUACUUAGCAUCCUGCAGAAGAAGAUGCUGGAAAUGGAUCCCAAAUUCGCUCAGUCCCGUGAAGCAGACACCGGCAGCGAUGAGUGGAGCUCCCCUCCGUUUGAUGAUGAAGUGGGUGGUCCUUCCCUAAACUCCACCCCCAAACCCAAGAGUUCUGCAGGUCUGAACAUAAAAGAGCUUGAGAACAAAGUGACCAAUAAAGCACAAGCUAAAGCACCAGCCAGCACUGGUUUGUCAAAGCAGCAGUUUGGGAUGACGUUCUUAGUGAGACCGGGAACCAAACAGCCCAUCACGCCUGUCCCCAAAACCGAGUGACCAGCAACGCACGCACGCACACAUGCUUACAGCCCCCCCAGCUGACACGUACAGACUUACAGCCCCCACCCCACCCUUCGACACACACAUAUGGAGCUGUGUAAAGGAAAGGAUGUUACAUGAGAUAUCAGACCGGUUACACAGCAGCUGAUUCUCACCUGAAACUCUUUGUGUUUUUAUAAACUCUGCUUAGUGUGUGUGUGCUAAAGUCCAACCUGGAGGUGUUUUCUGAAGGACAGACACUGCAUUGCUAUCUGUGUGUAAACACCACACACACACACACACAAAAAUGGACUCGCUGGUGCAGGUGGAAACACAGUCUAAUGUUUAGUUUGUUAUUUUUAUAAACUCUAAGCUGCAGAAGAAACCAAGACAAGAACUCAGGAGGAAACUGCAGCGCACACACACACACACACACACGUGUAUGGUUUAACGGGUGUAUUUUCUUCACAUCUAUUAAUUUGUGUAAACAUACAUGCAGAGGGAGAACAAUGUUCACUUAAA